AUGCUCACCUCGGUGCUCGCAGGGGCUUCGGAUGGGCUGCCGGAGCUGCCCUGUGCCCGCUACCCGGGGGAGCUGCCGGAGCUGCCCUGUGCCCGCUAUCUGGAGGAGUUGCCGGAGCUACCCUGUGCCCAAUAUCUGGGGAGCAGCCGGACCUACCCUGCACCCAUUAUCCGGGGGAGCAGCCGGACCUGCCAUCCAACUCCUGCCACGACGAACCCAUGCUCCUGGAGCCCGCAGAGGCCAACGCCAGGACCCAGCACCAGAGAGACCCCCCCCCUCACUCGACUUCCAUUGCGGGGGCUGGGCACUGAUCUCCGUGUCUCUCCCGCAGUGGGUGGGCGCGUGGACUUUGAGGACUUUGUGGAGAUGAUGGGGCCGAAGCUGCAUGAGGAGACAUCCCACAUGGUGGGGGGGUGUGAGCUCAAGAUUGCCUUCCGUGAGUUGGACAGGAACAGGGAUGGGGAGAUCAGCAGCACAGAGCUGAAGGACGCCCUCCUGGCCCUGCUGGGGGAGCAGAUCCCGCUGCUGGAGGUGGAGGAGAUCCUGCGCGAUGUUGACCUCAAUGGGGACGGCCAUGUGGACUUUGACGAGUUUGUGAUGAUGUUGUCCUCCCGCUAACAAGGCCUGGGGGAGGGGGGUCCUCACUCCCCAUCACCGUCGCCGUUCCAGCCUCCAGGGGGACAGAGCAGCUCCAAAUGGAUCCCCGCUUCUUGACAGCUGGUGACUCCCCUUCUUUGUCAGCAGGAAGUUCCCUCACGACUCCCUUAUGGGCCUUUCUAAGAAGACCCCUCCCUCUGGGUCUGCCUGCCCCUCUGCUGGCUCCUCUCCCUCACAGUGCGUUGCCAGGGGGCAGGGCCUGAAUGCCCAGUUGGCAACCCCAUUGGGGGCUGCUAAGGCUCUGACUAGGCCAGGCCCUGCUCCCCAGCUGGGAUCCCAGAUAAUCUCCCCUCACUCCCAAUCAGACUGUCCCGGCAGCUCGCCUUUGCUGCUGUGCUGUGCUGGUCUCCGCCUCCAGCCCAGCCCAUGAGCCCACCUUCCUGCUCCUAAGUGCCCACCUUCCUGCUACUGCCCCAAGUCAGGGAAAUCCCCCCUUCCCACCGGUGGCUAGAUUGGAGUGGGGGAGACCACCCAGUCCUUCACUACUCCAGCUCCACCCCAUCCCCUUGUUCACUGAAUGGCUCUGCUAAAAUGCCUGGCGGUGACAGAGCAUUAACAGUGGUGCUGUUUCCAUUUGUCCUCUGUCAUGGAUCCACAGGGUCGGCGUUACACCCUGGCUUUUCCACAGUCCCUUGGAGCAGUGUUUCCCGACCGGUGUGCCAUGGCACACUGCUGUGCUGGCAGGUGGGCUGUGGAAUUUUUUGAAAAACUACAUGUGAGAACAAAAAACCUUCUCUUGUAUUCUAAUGAGCGUUGGAGCUGGAUGGCAGUCUGUACGUUUGCUCCCCGGACGAGGCCUCUUUCAAAUACUAUGCAGAGCUCACA